AUGUCAAGCAUUGCAUUGUUGGACUUUUCGGACGCUGGACUUUCCGGCUGCGAACAAUUCGCACUCUGCACAAGUUCUACUGCCGAGAGUAACUCUCGACGUAUGGUUUCCAGCUUGUUCCAAGAUCAUCCUGCGCCGGAGUCCAAGGAGCCCGCCCACGCGACCGCCGCCAUGGCGACGCUGGCGUUCGCGGUGCGCCGGCGCGAUCCAGAGCUCGUCGGCCCGGCCGCGCCGACGCCUCGUGAGACCAAGCGCCUGUCUGAGAUCGACGACCAGGACACGCUGCGCGGGCACGUGUCCUUCGCCCUCGUCUACCGCGCCCGCGUGAUGGAUGACGACGACGUCGCACCGGUUCACCCGGCCGGAGUCAUCCGGCGCGCGCUCGGUGAAGUACUGGUGCACUACUACCCGCUGGCUGGACGGCUCAGAGAGGCGGAGGGGCGGAAGCUAGUGGUCGAGUGCAGCGGUGAGGGGGUGAUGUUCGUGGAGGCCGACGCCGACGUGCGGCUGGAGGAGCUCGAGGGGGCCGGGCUCAGGCCGCCGUUCCCGUGCAUGGACCAGCUGCUCUUCGACGUGGAGGGCUCCGGCGGCGUGCUCAACUGCCCGUUGCUGCUCAUCCAGGUGACUCGGCUGCUCUGGGGCGGCUUCAUCUUCGCGCUCCGCCUCAACCAUACCAUGUGCGACGCCAUCGGCAUCGUGCAGUUCAUGAACGCCGUCGCCGAGCUCGCCCGCGGCCUCCCGGCGCCGACCGUCGCUCCCCCGUGGUCCCGUGAGCUCCUAGAGGCGCGCAACCCGCCUAUGGCGUCGUUCCCGCACCGCGAGUUCGACCUUAUUCCACCGCCGGCGCCGCCGGCCGGCGACAUGGUCAUGCGGUCCUUCAUUUUCGGCCCCUCCGACCUCGCAGCGAUCAAGAAGCAUCUCCCUCCUCUCGUUCGCGACAAGGCCACCACCUUCGAGGCGCUGGCGGCAUACCUCUGGUGCGCCCGCACGGCGGCGCUCGAGGUCCCGCAGGGCGAGGAAGCGCGGCUGGUCAUCAUCGCCAACUUCCGGGCCUUCGUCGAGCUGGGCCUGCCGGGCGGAUACUAUGGAAACGCGUGCGUGCCCCUGGCCGCGCUGGCCGACGCCGCUGCACUGCGCGGGGGUGGCUCGCUGGCUGACGCGGUGGCGCUGGUGCGGCGGGCCAAGGCUGCAGUGACCGCCGAGUACGUGCGUUCCACGGUCGACGUGCUGGUUCUGCGCGGCCGGCCGUUCUUGGCACUGCAGAACCUGUUCGUCGUGUCCGACAACCGGCACGCCGGGUUCCACCGCGUCGACUUCGGGUGGGGCGAGCCGGUGUACGGCGGCCCGGCCGACACUGUCUUCGGCGUGACCUUCCUCGUCCCCGUCAAGGACCGUGACGGGGAGGACGCGAUUACCGUGCCGAUCGUGUUGCCACGGCCGGCCAUGGAGCGGUUCGCGGCGGAGAUGGAGAGCCUGUGCAAGGCGUAG